UUUGAUUAAUAAACUAUGGUAAAAAUUUGUGCAAGCACUGUUUUUCAAGAUACCAUUACGAAUGUUAAUUUGAAGGUCAUGAUACAACGAGCGAUAAAUCUAGUUUGUGUUUUCCAAAAUCAAUAAUAUAUAUUUUUUUUAUUUUUAUAAUAAUAAGCAAUAAGAAUUAUAUUCAGUCAUAUUUGCGAUUCUGUUCUAGUAAAAUUUAUUGAACUAGAUUUUAAAAAUGAACCAUAUUAUAAAAGAAUAUUUAAUCCUUUGUGUGUUGUUUUUUGUGAGAUUGAAUAAAAGCGAAUCAUAUGGACCAAGAAUAAUAGCGAACGUUUACUAUGAGUCAAAAUGCCCUUACGAUAAAAGUUUUAUAGAACAGCAAUUGCUUCCUAUAAUGGAAGGAAAUUUAACCAAUUAUGUUAAUUUAACUAUAUUACCUUUCGGUUCACCGGUGCCACCACAUAAAUUUGAAUGUUUUGGUCCUGUAGACCCGUUGUGCUCUGGACACAUUGACUACUCCGAUAACUAUUAUAGACCAAUCCCAACAGGAAUUCAAGAAUGGUGUUUUAAAAAAAUGAUCUGUUAUUUGAAAAAAUUAAAACAACGAUUCGAAAAACGGCCAAUUACCUCGAAAAAACAGUUUUGUGACCUUUCGGAUUUAUCCUUUGGUUUCCUUGAUAACCGUUGUUCUAUUUUUAAUACAUUGAACUUUGACAAACCUAAUAACAGUUCUGAGAAAAAGGUUAAGGAUAACCAUAGUAUUAAUUUAAGAACGAAACGUGCUAAACCCGAUGCAAUAAUAACGUUAACCUGGGAGACGAGUUCAGAAUGUAUGGAUAAAUAACAUCCAAAAAGCAAAAUAUUCGGAAAUAAUGGGCUCUAAGGGCAAAGAUUAGAAGGAAGUAUGUGAAUAUAUAGAUACUAAUCAAUAUAAAAGCGUUAAGACAUAAAAAUAGUAUAAUAUAGUAUAAUAAAUAGUAAAGAUAAUAGAAAUAUAAAUGAAAAAAUAUUUAAAUAUUCCCUAGAUAUAAUUAUAAACUGUAAUUUUUCUUUACUGAUAAUAAACUGCAAAAUUGUUUAUAA